AUGGAUCAUUUUGAGAGAAUUCGAAAAAUUGGUAAAGGUAAUUUUGGUGAUGUUCUUUUGGUAUCAAGAAAAAGUGAUGGAAAACAAUUUGCACUUAAAAGAGUGGAUUUAAGUAUGAGGGAAAGCUUUGUAGUUGACCCUCUCAAUGAAGUUAAGGUUCUCAAAUCGUUAGACCAUAUGAACAUCAUUAAACACUACGAUUCGUUUGUCCACAAUAAUAAACUGUGUAUUCUAAUGGAAUAUGCCGAGAAUGCUGAUCUCAGUUUAAAAAUCAAAGAGGCUAAACAUAAUAAUCAAUUCAUUCAAGAACCUACAAUUCUUGCCUGGUUAACCUAAUUGGCAGUAGCGCUCAAUUACCUCCAUUCUCAAAAGAUACUUCAUAGAGACAUCAAAGUACAAAACAUAUUCCUUUGCAAUGAUGGAAUUGUGAAAUUGGGUGAUUUCGGCAUCUCUAGAACCUUAGAAAACACGUCUGAAUUGGCACAAACCUCAAUAGGUACACCGUUUUAUCUCUCUCCUGAAUUGUGUCAGAACCAGUCAUAUAAUCAUAAGAUUGACAUUUGGAUGUUGGGAUGUACCAUUUAUGAAUUGUGCACACUACAAAAACCAUUUACUGCUGAAUCAAUCAAUGCUUUGGCCACCAAAAUUAUUAACGAAUAACAUACAAAAAUCUCUGAUCACUAUUCAGAUUUUCUAUCAAAUCUUAUUGAUGAAAUGCUACAGAAAUAACCAGAAAAAAGGCCAGAAAUUUCAAAAAUACUGUCAUUUCCAUAAAUUCAAACAGAAUUAUAAAAACUAUCUCAAAUCUAUCAACCUAAUUAUAUUACUCAUUAGAAUUAUGGAUUUUCAUCCAGUAAAAAGAGCAACAGAAUGCAACAGAAUUCAAUACACUUCUUAGUUGAAAAAUCAAAAUAAUAAUAAGGGUAAUCCCCAAUCUGUUCAAGAAGGAGCUAGUCUAAACUCAACACUCCUUAUUAGGGCUAUAAAACAGACAUUGUUGAUUAAAACAGUCCACAUUUUAAAUUAAAUGGAAAACAAUUAGUUUCCAAUUUACAUACUCUUCCUGACUACAUCGAUGAUUAACAAAAGACCUAAACCCCGAUUUCCACUCAAAGAACAGAAUCCAAUGAAAUCAAUUCGAAAUAGCUAAAAUAUUAAAAGUCUAUUUCGAUUAAUACUCAAAUUGAUGAUAAUAAUAAUAAAAGAAAUCAAGAAAUGGAAAGCUAACCUACUCUAUUAAAAAACCAAAAAUCAUUCACUUUUGUUGAUAUCUUUUUCAAUCCUAAUACUCCUACAUCCCCUAAUAGAUCUUUAUUAUUAACUGACUUCCUUAAACGAAAAUUGGGAAAUGAAAAGUUUUAUUAAAUGAAAAUAUUACUUGAGUAAAACAAUGAUCCAAUUAAAUUGCUAGAUUAAGAACAGGGUUUAGUGUAAGACAUCAUAGGAGAACAAAAUAUGGAUUGCGUUAGAAUUUUUAAACUAUUAAUCAGUUGUUCUAUAACUCCUUAAGCAAGUCAUGGUAGAGCAAAAAGUGCUUAGGUUUUUACCCAUGAAAAACAGGAAACCUUAAUGGAUAUCAUAAAGGCGUCUGAUUUUUAACCUUAAAAUUCCAUAGGCUCUAAUCCAGGAUUAGAAAUUUCAUUUAAAAAUCUCUAACAUUUCACUGAGGAAUAAUAAUAGGCUCUAUAGCAAAUAAAGGAAAUGAGUUUAUGA